GUCCACUCAUUACUGCAGAGUUCCAUUCCAUACCUCCAUUUUCCAUCUGCACCGCGAGUUCCAUUCCAUGCUUCAUAUCAUAGGCCAGAGAACAAGAGAAGCCCUGAAAGAUCAAUAGACAGAUAUGAUGUAUGUUCCCAUCUUCAUCCUCCUCGUAGUCUUGAGUUCGCUCUGCCAAUCCGACGAUCAGCUGACACAUACAAAGCCGCUCUUCCCCAAAGAGACGCUCAUCUCGGCCGGCGGGGACUUCGCUCUUGGCUUCUUUUCUCCUACCAGUUCAAGCAACAAGCUGUACAUCGGGAUUUGGUACAACAAUGUCCCAGAGCGGGAGCGCACGGUGGUGUGGAUCGCCAACCGUGACAGCCCAGUCACCACCCCAGCUACAUCAGUGAAGCUCGCCGUCACAAACGAUUCAGAACUGGUGCUGUCAGACUCCCAAGGCCACAUCUUUUGGAUGGCAACGAGUAGCACAAGUGGAGGCGCUGGAGCUUUUGCAGUGCUGCUCAACUCAGGGAACUUUGUCCUUCGAUCGCCAAACGGCACGGACGUAUGGCAAAGCUUCGAUCACCCGACUGAUACAGUGCUUCCAACCAUGAGGAGUAUGAUAAGAUACAGGUCACAACCGGCUACGGGCCUCUUUGCCUGGAAGAGCCCUGACGAUCCAUCAACCGGGGACAUCUCUUCUGGCAUGGAUCCGGCCUCCUCAAACGUUCAGGUGUUCAUUUGGAAUGGGACAUUGCCGUACUAUCGUUCUUCUUUUUUUAAUGAUGUCCCAGCAUCCGGCGGCACGUACCAGGCCAACAAUACCUCAGUCACAUACCAAUGGAUGAUGGUCGACACAGGGGAUGAGAUCUACUAUACGUUCACAGUCUUAGCCGGUUCUCCCUACAUGCACUUCUCACUUCACCACACAGGCAAGAUGAGGCUCCUGGUCUGGGAAAAUAGCACAUCAUCCUGGGUGCUGAUUUCUGAGGAACCUAGUGUUGGAUGUGAUCUCUACGCCUCUUGUGGCCCGUUCGGCUACUGCGAUCUCACUAAGGCAAUGCCGACAUGCCAGUGCCCUGAUCAUUUUGAGCUGGUCGACAGUCUCAACUUCUCUAGAGGAUGCCAGAGAAAGGAAGAGCUGAAAUGCGGAACAGAGAGCUAUUUCAUGACCAUGCCUAACAUGAAGAUUCCUGACAAGUUCUUGCACAUUAGAAAUAGAACCUUCGACCAGUGUGCAGCUGAGUGCGCCAGAAACUGCACCUGUAUGGCAUACACCUAUGCCACUCUAAGCACUGCUAGCACUACGGGCGAUGCAUCGAGGUGUUUGGUCUGGACUCAGGAUCUCAUUGACAUGGAGAAAGCAAGUGUUUUUUUAGAGAACUUGUACAUCCGGCUUGGCGAAUCUCCUGAUCAGAAGAAGAGAAAUUUUCAGAAAAUUUUACUCUCAGCUAUAGCAUGUCUGCUGCUACUUACAAUUGGUGCUCUUGGUUGGGCAUGUAAAAUCAGAGGCAAAUGGCACAAGAAGAAAAUCCAGACGAGAAUGAUGCUAGAAUACUUGAGUUCUACGGAUGAAGCUGGGGGAAAGAAUAUAGAGUUCCCAUUUAUUACCUUUGAAAACAUUGUCACAGCAACAGACAAUUUCUCUGACUGUAAUAUACUUGGGAAAGGGGGUUUUGGCAAAGUAUACAAGGGAAUGUUGGAAGGAACCAAAGAAGUAGCCAUCAAGAGACUGAGCAAGAGUUCUGGGCAAGGUGCCGAAGAGUUCAGGAAUGAAGUAAUCUUGAUUGCAAAGUUGCAGCACAAGAACCUAGUUAAGCUUCUUGGUUGCUGUGUUCAUGAAGAUGAGAAGCUGUUAGUUUAUGAGUACUUGCCGAACAAAAGCUUAGAUUACUUCCUCUUUGAUUCUGCAAGAAAGUCAACGCUUCAGUGGCCAACAAGGUUCAAGAUAAUCCACGGGGUAGCUAGAGGAAUUAUGUAUCUUCAUCAAGACUCGAGAUUAACAAUAAUCCAUAGGGAUCUCAAAGCAAGCAACAUCUUGUUAGAUAAGGACAUGAGCCCAAAAAUAUCAGAUUUUGGCAUGGCUAGAAUAUUCAGUAGCGACCAGCUCCAUGCAAAUACUAACCGAGUUGUAGGCACAUAUGGUUACAUGUCUCCUGAAUAUGCAAUGGAAGGUGCCUUUUCAGUCAAGUCUGACACUUACAGCUUUGGUGUUUUAAUGCUGGAGAUUGUAAGUGGUUUGAAGAUCAGCUCACCACAUCUUCACAUGGAUUUUCCUAAUCUUAGAGCAUAUGCAUGGAACAUGUGGAAAGAAGGGAAAAUAGAAGAUUUGGUGGACUCAUCAGUCAUGGAGAAUUGCUCCCUUGAUGAAGUUUCACAAUGUGUACAUAUAGGACUCUUGUGUGUUCAAGACAGUCCGAGCUUCAGGCCACUCAUGUCGGCGGUUGUGUCCAUGCUGGAGAACAAAACGACGACACUUCCAACUCCAAGUCAACCUGUAUAUUUUGCAGUUAGGGACCCCUACCAACCUGGAAAGGCAGUUGGCAACAAGGAGUUGUCUAUAUAUGAUAUGAGUCUCACUGUGCCAGAAGGUCGUUAAAUGCUUUAUUUUUAUAACUGAUUGGGAUGAUUAAUUAAACCCCACUGGCAUAUUCAUUGCAUAACUAAAACUGAUCGUUCAGCCCAUGUGAAGGUUAUGUGAAUGGUCGGUAAUUUGCAUUUUGCAACAGUUUGGUAAGCCUGCUUAUAUAAUUGUAUAAAGACAGGUGAUUUCCUUCUCUCA